CGAGCAAGACGGACAAUGUGAGAAGUAAAGAUAGAUUCGACUUAGAGAUAAACUUUGGUGACGUGAUAAUUUUACAAGAUGAUGGUAACUAUGGAAAUUAUCGUUUAAUGUAUGAGCAUUUAUGGAUAGCAGUGAAUAGUUUUAUACAGAGAAAACAGUCUAGAACGUCACGCUGAUUUAGGUCUCCCGGUGAUGUAACUUAAGUCUGAUCCGAGUUAACCUAGUUAACGAUGAUGGAUAUAGAGGUUACGUUUGAUCGCAGGCAAGUGUUGGGUCGUGGUGCAUUCGCCUCGGUGUUCGUCGGUAAAUGGAGAAACAUUGACGUCGCCGUCAAGAGGAUUCAACUUCACGACCUACUUACUGAUCGUGAGGAGAUGGCCAUGAAAGACCUUGACCAUCCAAAUGUUAUCAAACUCCUCGCGUUUGAAGAAGACUGUGAUUUCAAAUAUUUAAUUCUGGAACUUAGUUUGGGAACGGUAGAAGAGUAUUGUAAUGGAAAGUAUACAGGUAUUAUGCCGCCCGAACCUGAUGCGCUGUACCAGAUGGCCGACGGAUUGUCUUACAUUCAUUCCAGGAAUCUAGUCCACCGCGAUGUGAGCACUGGAAAUGUGCUUAUUGCCAAAAAUGAGGAUCAAGUGAUCUUGCUGAAGAUUUCGGAUUUUGGUUUUUGCAAGCCAGCAUCCAACACCGGAAGCUUCUCGAUGAGCGAAGGUUCCAAAGGAACCAAAAAAUACGUCGCUCCGGAAAUGUUGAAAUUGAUGGAUCAAAGAUCGGGAGGUGAAAAGCCGAGGGGUAAUGCGAGCAGCGACAUUUUCUCUAUGGGGUGUCUUUUCUUCACUUAUCUUACCAAAGGCCUUCAUCCCUUUUCCGACGGAUCCAUUCAUACAAUUCCAUUGAACAUUAUCGACAACAGACAGUAUUUAGGAAGCUUGGAUGAGAGACACGGUUAUGCUUUACCUUUGAUUAAAGGGAUGAUUCAAGCAGAUCCUGAAACGAGACUGGGAUUGGAUAAAGUUAAAGAGGAAUUGCUUCCGCUUGUACGUCCUUCAGCUGUCUGAACUAUGUGAUAGUGAUAUGAAGAUUUCCAGAACAAUAAAUUCGAUCAGAGUAAUCACA